AUGGAGCUUUCACAAGCAAACAUCACCACAGACACCAACGCAUAUAACAUGACCUCCACACAAGCUACUUAUACAGAUGCUAACCAGCAGAUCCUGGUGGACCUUCUCGUGAAACAGUUCAUAAACCUCGUAAGGAGGUUCAUUGUCAAUGGUUCGGAGACCUUCAACAUCCGGCCCAUGGAUCCGUUGCAGUUAGAACAGUUUCAAAUCGAAAUCCCCUCCGAUAGUAUCUGGUUGUUCAUGGAGAUCGAGAAAGGCAACGUGACUGGGCUGGGUGGGUUCGUGGUGAACACCAGCCACCUGCAGCUCAGCUCUCUCACCCUCGACCUGGACGUCUCUCUACCGCAAAUACAUGUUAAGGCUGACCACUACAAGCUAUCCGGAAUUAUUUUGAAUUCCAUUCCUCUGUACGGAGACGGGGAAGCUGAGUUCUUCGUAAGUGAGUUCGGUGUGAGUGCUCGCGUGCACUUGAAGCGGUCUGAUGACGGUAGGUCCAUCGUCAUCGGCUGGCUCGAGGAUGCACAGUUCUCCCUGCCCUCCAUCAAGUCAGAUCUCAACGGCGUGGUGGGCGGUGGCGGGGUGGUGAACGCCAUAGUGAGCCAGGGUCUGGUGACGCACGCGCGGCGCCUGCGCGGGGCGCUGGCCCGCCUGGCCGCCCUGGCGCUGCCGCAGAUAUUGAACCCACUGCUGCAGCAGGUCAACACGUGGAGCUAUGUUGAGCCGUGGCUUUAG